UGUCAGUGGUGAAGAAAUGCUUAUAGGUCCCCACGCAGUGAGAUGCCCUUCAAAUGAAUAGGUAUAAGCUCUGAGAGACAUUCGUGCUUUUAGGAUUUACCGUUGGAGUGACACAAUGGGCUGGAUAAUUUCUACAGCAGUUUUCUUGUCAGGGUUAAACGCUUUACUUUGUUUUAACAUCGAUCCUGUGGCUUGGAAGACCCUGACUCAACCUGCUGCAGGUUUUGGAUACCAGGUGGUGCAGAGGCCAUCAGAUUUGCUGGUCAGUGCUCCUCUUGCACAGUAUUCACCAACAGGAAGAGGACUGAUAUAUAAGUGUUCCACCGAAACAUGCACGCAACUAUCGGUUCCUGUGGCUGAGUUUGCAGUGAACAUGUCUCUGGGUUUGACGAUGGCAAAUGAUCCCUCCACACAAAGAACUUUGGCAUGUGGUCAAACCAUCCCAAAGGACUGCAAAAGUAUCACCAUGUACAGUGGAACCUGCUGGCAGAUAGACGCUUCUGAUCGAGUUACAGGUCCUGUACCUUCUUCUAAUGGCGAGUGCGGAUCAGCAGACAUUGUAUUUCUGUUGGACGGCUCCGGCAGCGUAAAUAAUCAGGAUUUUGAAACAAUGAAGACUUUUGUAAAGAAUCUGGUCCGCUCACUCCUGCAAGCAGACAUAAAGUUUGCCAUCGUUCAAUUCUCCAGUUCUCCCAAAAUCCAUUUUUUCUUCAGUGAUAAUCUGAUCUCUGGAACUGCAUCAUGGGAAAGAAAAGUUGGUGAGAUUCGACAACUCUGGGGAUUCACUCACACAGCUAAAGCCAUCAAAUCUGUGGUCAAUGACGUCUUCACACCAACAAAAGGUUCCAGGCCAAAUGUGAACAAAGUGUUGAUAGUCAUCACCGAUGGAGAAUCUAACGACCGCAUCAUUUUGCCAAGUGCAACAAGUUUAGCUGACAACAAAAAGAUUGUUCGAUUUGCUAUUGGAGUGGGGGGGGCAUUCAGCAGUGAUCAGGCAAAAAAGGAACUGGAAACCAUUGCAUCUACCAAAGAAAACGUGUUUCAAGUGGAGAGUUUCGACGCACUUGAACAAAUAAGACAGACUCUGCAGGCCAAACUCUUCUCUAUUGAAGGAUUACAAACAAGCGGAAAAUUACUGAAAUUCGAAAUGUUUCAAGAAGAAUUCAGCGCACCUUACGUUGCUGAGGGAAAUCGGAUGGCUAUUGUUGGUGCUAAUGAGUGGAAGGGAGGCGUCGUCCAAUACUUGUCAACAGGCCUCCAGACAGGCUCCUAUGAGGCUGUUAUAGAGACUGACAGUUAUCUGGGGUACUCCAUGGCAGUUGCUAAAACGAGGUCUGGCACGUUAACAAUUAUUGGAGCUCCAAGAUAUCAACACAGAGGAGCUGUGAUGGUAGUUCACCAAAACGUCCUCAAAAAAAGGAUUGAUCCCUUUGACUGGCUGUUUCAGAGUGGUGAAUAUUUCGGGGCUGUUGUUUGUGCGAUGGACCUGGAUCUCGACAGCUUCACUGACUUAAUCCUCAUAUCUGCCCCAAUGUUCAUGGACUCUCAUGGAGAGGGAAAGGUUUAUAUUUGCAGCUUGACUGGUUCGGAUGUGGAGUGUCGCUUAGACUCUCCAUCAGUACUGAGAGGGGACGUCUCUGGCAAAGGAAGGUUCGGGUCUUCUCUCGCUGUACUUCCUGAUCUCAACACCGACGGUCUCAGUGACUUGGCAGUUGGAGCGCCUUUGGAGAACAACGGUCAAGGCAGCAUCUACAUAUUCCAUGGAGAAGGAGGAGUAGGAGGAAUCAGUUCUUCUUACUCACAGAGAAUUGCAGCAUCUGAAGUCCAGUCACCAUUGAGGUUCUUCGGCCUGUCCAUCAGUCAGUCGUCUUUUGACCACAGUGGUGACGGGCUGCCUGACUUAGCGAUCGGUUCAAAGGGUGCAGUUGUCUUACUGAGAUCAAAGCCAAUAGUUAUGGUGGAAGCUACAGUGUCGUUCAGCCCAAAUCGAAUCCCAACUCAAAACUCAAACUGCUCAAAACCUCUGGAGAGCACAGCAGAAAUCUGCUUUACCAUGACCAGGCACUCCAAAGUAGACAAAGUUACAGCAAAGAUUAGCUACAAUCUAACACUGGACGCCACUCGCAAAGUCCCAAACAACCGGGCCUACUUUAGCGAGAUACAACGAGAGACAAAAGGGACAGUUGAUAUUGACUUAAUUCGGCCUGUAUGCAACACGGUGAAGUUCUUUGUUCAGGCUUGUCCAGAAGAUGCUCUAAACGCUCUUUCAAAUGAACUCAUGUUCAGCUUUGAAGGUUUACCUAACCCCCCAAAUCCAAGUGCUAGUCUCGCCCUGCAGGCGCAGAAAACAACUGUACAUCCUGCUCGAUUCUUAAGGAGUAAAUACAAGGACAAAGAAUAUAGUCUGAUAACAGCUGACGUUUCAACAUCUACAGCACUGCCUGCAUCAACUCUGAUUGCUUUAUCUGUUUCACUAGUCUCUGUUCUAGCAUUUUCAUAAUAUUUUCUCAUUGUCAAUAAUCGACUCAAGUAGAAAACUCAAGCCUGUUUGAAAUCACUGACCAAGGGGUUGGGACUGAGACGAGGGGUAACAAGAGGAUAUCUUGGUUAUGAAGUAGUACCCAGUGAUUGCUGUAGAGUCUAACUUCUUCUGCUCCCUACAAAUUGUUAUUCAAAUUAAAGUCAGAGCGGGGUUCAAUAACUUGUUGUGAAAAUGCCAAUGCACUUUUCCAUGUUGAUAAGAGCAUUAUAAUGGAAAUAUGAAUAAAGGAAGGGACAUUUAGAAUAGAUAAAAAAUGUGUUACGUGCGAUUAAUGUUGAGGUAACCAGGACAUAAAUGCAACUAAUUGUGAUUAAAUAUUUUAAUCGUUUGACAGCACUAAUGUAUAUAUAUUUCCCAAUUAAAAUACAUUCCUCUAUAUUUAGUAUGCAUAGAGAUUUUGUCUGAAAAA